AUGAAAUACCUCAUCGCUCCAGACACGGGCAAGUGCCAGGCCUCCGUGAUGGAGAAGGAAGAGCUGAACGUGCCUGAACCGUUGGACCUGGUCUGGGGAGCGAAGCGCAACUACGCGUUCCAGAAGGCUGGAGAGGGGAACGAGCUGAAAGAAGCCACACUACCCGUUUAUAUGGAACUCUUCGACGAAGCCCAGGGUGGUGACGUAAUUGAGAAGCGGCACAUCUACGAGUUCGAGGCGGACCUGAGGAACUGGUUGCCAUUCGACACUGCGGUAUGCUUCCACCCCCACGAAGUCAGGACAUUCGUGCUGACCGUACAAGGCAACUCCGACUUCGGCCCUGGCAAGGGAACCCGAGACGCUCUGGCCAAGGCGUUCCGGAUCCAGAUGAGGCAGACCAUGGGCAUUGCGCAAGACCUACGGCUGAGCACCGUCACCAUAUUUCCAAGAGCCAAUAACCUCCUGCUUGUCCUCGCGCGUCUGCUGCCCGCGGCCAACACAGACCACAUUACGGUGCCGGAUCCCACAGUUGACGAGGCCACCAAGAAGCUGAACGAGACGAUCAACGCUGGAAGCUUCAAGGUGUACCUCGACAUCCCUGGCUCGGACCAGAAACCAGAGUACGUCGCCACGCAGCUGAUGACUCGAUACAUGGCUGCGGCGCCCGACGCUUCGUCUCAAGGAUAUUCCAGCGGGAGCAUGGCGGCGCUGGGCAUCAUGAUGAUUCUUCUGGGCGCUGCCAUCGCGGUGGGAGCCGUCUAUCUGGCAGCGCGGAGGUAUCCGCGGAGCACCAUGACUACCAUCCUUCUUCAGCCCAAGAGCAGCGGCGACAACUAGAGCCCCAGUCGCUUCUUACUCGUGCAUCUUAACGCCAUUCAGACUAGAGGACCGUGAGCCUGGA